AUGAUUGGAAAUCUUCUGCUACUGACAUUAAGUUUCGGCGUGUCUGUGUAUUCGGCGAGAAUCCUCGGUGCGUUCACCACUCCAUCCAUCAGCCAUCAAAUAGUUUUCUUGCCAAUCAUGAAAGAAUUAGCGGCCAGGGGCCACGAAGUGAUCAUAAUAACGACGGAUCCAAUCAAGGAAGACGUGCCUCCGACGUUGAGGCAAAUCAACGUGAGUUUCGCGUACAACUUAUGGAAUAACGACCUCGAAAAUAUAAUCGAAGAUACGAAGUACAAUCCCGUGAAGCUAAUGGACACUUUCAUUAACGUUUUGAAUGACAUCAACAGUCGAGUAUUGGAGCAUCCGGACGUGCAGACUUUAGUACACGGCAAUGCGGACAAAUUCGAUUUGUUCAUCGUUGAAUACUUAAUACCCACCCUGUACAGUUUGAAGCACAAAUUCGACUGUCCAAUGAUUGGAAUUACAUCCCUCGAUUCGCCGUACGAUGGUCACCAAGCAAUGGGCAAUCCUACACAUCCCAUAGUGUAUCCAGAUUUCACGUUGCCUUUUGAGGACGUGAAGUUGAAAUUCUUCGAUAGAUUGACCAGUUAUCUGUUCAUGCAAUUCUCGUAUAUAUACGACAUGGUUAAGUUCAUUCCGCUGCAAGAGGACACAAAAAAUAAGUACUUCGGGAAGGAUUACCCUCACGUGACAGAUGUCUUAAACUCCGUCGAUAUGCUCUUCAUAAAUACGAACCAUAUCUUCCAUAACAUCAGACCACUCACUCCUGCCACCAUUUCCAUAGGUCCGUUCAUACAUAUAAAACCACCUAAGCCAUUACCAAAGGAUUUGAAUAAGUUUUUGGAUGACGCGAAAGAAGGAUUCAUAUAUUUCAGUUUAGGAUCAAAUAUGAAGAGCAAAGACCUCAUGGAAAGCACGCGCUUAAGCAUUCUGAAGACUUUUGCCGAAUUACCAUAUAAAGUUCUGUGGAAAUUUGAGUCCGAAGAUUUACCGGGUAAACCUGAAAAUGUUAAAAUCCUCAAAUGGGUUCCACAGCAAGAUGUCUUACGACAUAAAAAUAUCAAGGUCUUUAUCACGCAAUGCGGUCUUCAAUCGCUAGAAGAGGGUCUGUUCAAUGAAGUUCCAUUCAUUGGUCUUCCCGUAUUCGGCGACCAACCGAUGAAUGCGGUCAACAUGGUCUCUAAAGGGCUGGGUGUAAAAUUGAACUACGAAAGUUUAACAUCGGAUCAAUUCAAAGCAGCAAUUUUAGAAGUAAUCGGAGAUCCUAAAUACAAGAAACGUGCGGAGGAAUUGUCCAGGAUUUCAAAAGAUGAGCCGAUGACGGGUAUGGAGAAAGCCAUUUUCUGGUCGGAGUACGUGAUCAGGAACAAUGGAGCUCAGCACUUGAAGGGAGCAGAGGGAAAAAUUCCAUUAUACCAAUAUUAUUAUUUAGAUAUAUUUGUGUUCUUAGCUUUCAUCUUCUUC